UGACGCUAGAUGGCACUCAAGCCUUUCAAUACAAUGAAUUUAAACCUGCACUCAAAGCAAAAGAGAAACAUCCUGCUUCUUUAUUUACAGUGAUUGACCUCGAACGUUUAAAGGACGUAAAACACACAUCAGCUUCAUUGUUGUGAAAAUAAUACCAGUCAAGUCUCUGCUCAAAUGUCAAAGGAAUCUGAUGGACAAGAUCAUGCGGAUGAAGCUCCCAUGCAGCUCAGGAUGGCGGCUGCUGCACAAGAGAGGAGAUUUGUUCACCUGUCCGCCCACCGAUGCCCUGGCGCACUGCAUCAGUGAAGACCUCCGCAUGGGGGCAGGGAUCGCUGUGCUCUUCAAGAAGAGGUUUGGUGGAGUUGAGGAGCUUCUGGCUCAGAAGAAACAACCUGGGCAGUGUGCUGUCCUUAGAAGAGCUGGUCGUUUCGUGUACUACCUGGUCACAAAGAAAAAGUACUACCAAAAACCCACCUAUGACAUUCUCAGAAAGAGCCUUGUGUCUAUGAGGGAACACUGCUUGGCCAAUGGUGUUAACAGUAUAUCCAUGCCUCGGAUUGGCUGUGGGCUGGAUAAACUGAAAUGGGAAAAUGUGUCUUCCAUUAUCUCAGAAGUCUUCCAGGACACAAAAAUAUCCAUUACCGUGUACACAAUCUAGACCACGGCAGGUCUGAAACUCACAUUAUUUCUUAACCGUUCUUAAAUAAUGGUUGGAGGAUGGCUUAUUAUUCCAAUGGAAUUUCACAACGUACUUUAUGGUGUGUAGGGUGUUCAUUAGUCUUGUUUUGGGAAAUAUAAGCUCUUAAGACAGUUCCAGUUAUAUACACUAAAAAUAUGUAGUUGUUUUCCCCUAAGUUAGAUUCCAUUGUUUUUCCAUCCUCCUGUUGCAUCUCUAAAUUGUAUGAAUGUUCUUUUCAUCACGAGAGGGUGCAAGUUUCAUUUGAUUUGUUUGAUAAAUGAUGCUUUCUAGUUCAUAUUUUUCCAGUGAAUUUCACUAAAUUAAGUGUACCUCAAAUAUAAAUGCACUAUAAAUGUCCCAUAAAUAAUAAUUCCACCAUUAUUCUGAAAUCCUUAUU